AUGAAAUCAAUCAUGGCGUCGAAGAACGAGAAGAAGAUGACGAAGAGUUACUUCGAUGUUCUUGGAAUCUGCUGUACAUCGGAGGUUCCGCUGAUUGAGAACAUCCUCAAAUCGCUUGACGGAAUCAAGGAAUAUUCCGUCAUCGUUCCGUCAAGGACCGUCAUCGUCGUUCAUGAUAGCCUCAUCAUCUCCCAGUUCCACAUUGUUAAGGCACUUAACCAAGCGAGGUUAGAAGCAAAUGUGAGGGUAACCGGAGAAACCAAUUUCAAAAAUAAAUGGCCAAGUCCAUUCGCGGUGGUUUCCGGCUUACUCUUCCUCCUUUCCUUCUUCAAAUAUGUUUACUCUCCGUUCCGUUGGCUUGCCGUCGCAGCCGUUGUCGCCGGAAUCUAUCCGAUUCUAGCUAAAUCUGUAGCAUCCAUUGCAAGGUGUAGAUUCGACAUCAACAUUCUUGUUACCAAAAAGGGAAAUGAAAAACAAAAAGAAACAUGGGGAGAUUCCGAGUUGAAUCCAGAUGGCGUGGGAGCAACACUCUGUAUGCGAGAUUACACAGAAGCUGCAGCAGUUGUCUUCUUAUUCACCAUCGCUGAAUGGCUCCAAUCAAGAGCAAGCUACAAGGCAAGCGCGGUGAUGCAGUCGCUGAUGAGUUUAGCUCCACAGAAGGCAGUGAUUGCAGAGACUGGAGAAGAAGUUGAAGUGGAUGAGCUCAAGAUCAACACAGUUAUAGCAGUCAAAGCUGGUGAAACCAUACCUAUCGAUGGACUUGUUGUGGAUGGAAACUGCGAAGUCGAUGAGAAAACCUUGACCGGAGAAGCAUUCCCUGUGGCUAAACUGAGAGAUUCGACUGUUUGGGCUGGAACCAUCAAUCUAAAUGGUUACAUAACUGUGAAAACCACUGCUCUUGCUGAGGAUUGUGUGGUUGCAAAGAUGGCAAAGCUAGUUGAAGAAGCUCAGAACAGCAAAACAGAAACUCAGAGAUUUAUAGACGAAUGCUCUAAGUACUAUACUCCAGCGGUCAUCAUAAUAUCGAUUUGCUUUGCGGUUAUUCCAUACGCACUGAAGGUUCACAACCCGAAACAUUGGUUUCACUUAGCACUGGUUGUGUUGGUAAGUGCUUGCCCAUGCGGGCUUAUUCUCUCGACACCAGUAGCCACUUUCUGUGCGCUCACAAAGGCAGCCACAUCAGGACUUCUGAUCAAAGGAGCUGAUUGUCUUGAGACCUUAGCCAAGAUCAAGACCGUUGCUUUUGACAAAACCGGGACCAUCACUAGAGGCGAGUUCGUCGUCAUGGACUUCAAGGUAUCAAGCGCAGAGAGCAAGUCAAGCCAUCCAAUGGCUUCUGCACUUGUGGAUUAUGCAAAAUCUGUCUCUGUUGAGCCUAAACCUGAAGCGGUCGAAGACUACCAGAACUUUCCAGGAGAAGGUAUUUAUGGAAAGAUUGAUGGCAAAGAAGUUUAUAUUGGGAACAAAAGGAUUGCUUCCAGAGCUGGGUGUUCAUCAGUUCCAGAUAUUGAUGUUGAUACCAAAGGAGGAAAGACUGUUGGAUAUGUCUACGUCGGAGAAACACUUGCUGGAGUUUUCAAUCUCUCAGAUGCUUGUAGGUCCGGUGUAGCUCAAGCGAUGAAAGAACUGAAAUCUUUGGGAAUCAAGACUGCGAUGCUUACCGGAGAUAAUCAAGCAGCAGCAAUGCAUGCUCAAGAACAGCUAGGGAAUGCAAUGGAUGUUGUUCGUGCGGAACUUCUUCCACAAGGCAAAUCCGAAAUCAUCAGAGAGUUUAAGAGAGAAGGGCCAACGGCUAUGGUAGGAGACGGGUUGAAUGAUGCACCAGCUCUGGCUACAGCGGAUAUCGGUGUCUCCAUGGGUAUCUACGGCUCUGCGCUUGCAACAGAGACCGGUAAUAUAAUCCUGAUGUCGAACGACAUCAGAAGGAUACCGCAAGCGAUAAGGCUUGCACGCAGAGCCAAAAGGAAAGUGGUGGAGAAUGUGAUCUUGUCCAUCACUAUGAAAGGAGCGAUUCUUGCCUUGGCCUUUGCUGGUCACCCUCUGAUUUGGGCAGCGGUUCUUGCAGAUGUAGGAACUUGUCUUCUCGUGAUCCUUAAUAGCAUGUUGUUGCUUCGUGAUACGCACACUGCUCCUGUAAACAAAUGCCAUAGGGCUUCUUCUCCCUCUGUGUUAAACGCGGAGAAGCAUGGAGGUGAUGUUGCUGGGGACAUGGAAGCAGGGUUAUUACCAAAGAGCAGUGAUGGGCAUUGCAAGUCAGGAUGUUGUGGAAAGAAGAAGAAUCUAGAGAAAGUGAUGAAACCAGCGAGAACCAGUUCGGAUCAUAGCCACUCUGGUUGUUGUGAUGAGAAACAGAAAGACAUCGUUGUGAUAAAGAAAUGUUGUGCUGCAGAGCCUCGUGAUUUGGAACAAGGUAUUGACUCUGGGUGUUGUGGUAACAAGAUUCAGCGACCACACCUACACGAGGUGAAACAAACAUGUCAUAACAAGCCUGGUGACUCGGAGGAGAUAGUCCUUGACGUUGGUGAUGGUGAUUGCAAGUCGGUUUGUUGUGGAACUGGCUCAGUACAUGAUGAUUCUUCAAACUUGGCCAAUCUGGAUGAGGAGGUGAAAGUGUCGGUCAAAAGUUGUUGCUCAAAGCCUGUUGUUCCCGUGGUAGCUAGCUUGAAAGUGAAGAGCGAUGUCCAUUGUGAGUCGAGGUGCUGUGAAAGUUCUAAGAAAGAUAAAGAAGAGACCUGUUCUGAGGUGAAAACGAAGGAGGCUUCCAAGACUAACUGCAGCAGCAGAGAGGGGAGGCACAUUGGCGGAAGUUGCGGUCAGCAUCCCACCAUGACAGAGACUAAUCAGACAGCGUUUUACAAUGCAGGAUUUGCUUCAGACAAGCUCUUAGUUUAUCAGCAGCUUCCCAUUUCAUUCAAGUGGAUUCAGCCUUUAGAAGAGUCGCGUUGGACUUUACAGUGUAGUUUUCCGACUGGCACAUUCCACAUUAUGGAAUCUGGAGAUGAAGCACAAAGAACCAAACAGGAAUCAUCAUCUUUCGCCAACCCUUUUGACGUAGACAACCUUCUGAUAUUACAUUUUCUCCAACAGUUCAUGACUUCCGAGUCACCCUCUCGUGGCGAUGACCCUGUGCGACCGGUGAGCUUAGGUCGGUCUCUUCUCCCUAAAGGCCGUCCAAAAUUUUGCCUCCUCUGGAUCCCAUGUUGCCAAGCGUCUCUAUACCUAUCCCCGGACUGGUCAGAGUCAUCAACUGUAUUCUCCCUUCGAGAAUUUCCAUUUCUCGGGAAUGUUGUUGUGCUCAGCUUCUCGUCGUCUUCUGAUGGUGUCCCUGACCUGGACUCAGUGUGCAUAUCGAUUGCCCUGGUUCUUGGCCCGCCUGAUCUGAAACCUCUAGCAUUAGGCGCUUUGGGGAUAAAGCUAGGUACCUUUGGAACCGGGAAGUCUUUGGGAAGAGACUCCAUCUCCAUAAAACAGUUCCUUGCUCUGGCGUCUGUGAUCAGUGCUGCCCAAUCAUCACACUUCAUCAGGGCAGAUGCAUUUCCCAUCACCUGUUCAACAAAAAACAUAACAAGUCUCAAAAAACAAGAAACGUUUAUCAGACGAAAACUUAUUACGUGUGCGCAUCAAGAGACAACAUCAUACCCACAGAGCCCUUUUGGCACGGGUGAGAGCAACAUUCAUCCGCCGGAUAUCAGAAACAAAGCCAACCCCGUGAUUGGAAGCACGCACACAUGA